AUAGGUAUGAGUCUGCUGAACGCGCUUAUUAUCACGAAUAUAUCACGAUUGGUCACAAAUUUUUAAACAGCUGUUUACGUCAGAAAGCGCAGUGCAAUAUAUAUCCGGAAUCAUCUGGAACCAUCCAAGAUAAACUUUAUUUUCCAAGACUUUCUAUACAUCACGUCAAAAAUUAUUGUUCUCUGAAAGUAGUAGUGCCUCUCUAAUUAAUAUGUUUGAAAGAAAAUUGAAGGCCCUCGGUUAUAUGGAAUGGGAUAAAGUUAAUGGAAAUAAUACUCAGCACGUUAGAAAAGUAAUUGUAUGGCUGGAAGAUCAAAAGAUACGUCAUUAUACAAUAGAGGACCGUAAACAAUUAAGGAACAUUACAUCCCCAGAAUGGCCCAAUAUUUUUGAGAAAUAUUGCAAUGAUAUCAAGUGUCCGAUAACCACAAAUGAGGCUGACAAAUUAGAAUGGUUCAUAGGAUACGCUAUUUGGCUUGAAUUUGGAGAUGACUGUCCAAAAUAUCAACAGGUCAUAGGAAGUAAAGCAAAGGCUAAGGAAGAAGUAAAGAUACCUAAUAUCAAAUCCACAAAUCCUCUAGAUAAUUUAGAUUUUGAUAGUGAUGCUUUCAAGACUGGAGUUACUUCAAUAGCAAAUUUAUUAAAAGUACCAAAGCAUUCUGAUCAUCUUAUAACACUACAAGCAUGUAGCAAACUUGUAUGUAAUAAAUUGAAUGCAGAUGCAAUUAAGCAACCAAAUAAUGCCGUAACUGUCAAGGGUAAAUCCCUGACAGCAAUGACUAUAGUGCCCAGCUUCAAUAUGGGCGACAUAAUGCUGGAUAAUGCUGCUAAAGGCCUUUCUUUGCUGUACAUACAGGAUCUCAGGAAUCUUCAGACAAAGAUUAAUGAAACGAUAGUUGCUGUACAAAAUAUUACAGCUGAUCCAAAAACAGACACCAAAUUAGGAAAAGUCGGUAAAUGAAUGGCUAUUCGUGUAUGUUAUAUUCUAGAAUAAUACAUGUUUAAUACGUUAAACGAAGAAUAUGGAGUAUAUCAAAUUAGGAAAAUAUUUAUCAUUACAUAUACGUCACGAAACAAUUUUAGAAAUAACAUGAAACUACAUACACUAAAUGUACUAUUAAAACGAGAUAUUUAUCAAAAUAAGAUGAGAUAAAAGUUAAUUUAUUUUUACUUUGUUAGUUUGUGCCAAAUAUGGUAGUACAUCGAUUUUGUAAAGAAAUGUAACAUAUAACGAUCGUUUCUCAUUUUUACAGAAUCGAUAUUUCAUACAUAUUAUAAAUAAGCAUAUUAUAACAAAAUACUCAGCUCUUAUACAAAUAAAAAUUAUCUCAUUAACUUAUAUACAGGCAAGUAGACUGAAGAUUUUAAAAAUUAAGUUGUUACAUCACAUCAUAAUACAUAAGUACCAAACAGUAAAUAUUCGUAAAUCUAAUCCUAUUCAUUUAUUUAAAAAUCGGUGGAGAAAAUUGUGUUAAAGCUUAUAAUAUAAAAAUUAUUUUACUCUCUACAUCAUUAUACCAGUGUUCAACUAUCUAUACUUAUUAGAUGAAAAUAUUCUUUGAAAGAAUAAAAUAUAAAUUUAUUUCAUGUACAACAUAUAUAUUGAAUGCAAGCUACUUAGGGUAAUUAGCUAAAAAUAAAUUUAGUUUUUUGUAAUGUUUCUAUUACUUUCUUCAAAUUGAUUUAAAUUAAUACAUAUGUCUAGAUUUAUUAUAGCUAGAUGGUAACGAAAAUCCUGAGAAUAUCGAAGCAAGAGAAAAAUUACUGCCUCUUAUCACUUUACUCUAAUAAGAUCUAUUAUAUAUGUAUGAAUAUUUUUUAAUAUAAUGCAUAUCUUAAUUUGAAAAAAUUUGUUGCAAAAGUUAUCGCAUUGAUAGCAUUUUUAGAAAUUUUAUAUAACAAAUUUAAUAAAAUCUGAUAAAAAAUAAAAAGAUUACGAAUUUUGUACAUUAAUAUCAAUAAAUGAGCUUUUAUAAAUGUCUAUACA